AUGCAACAGACCUACCCCUUCGAAAUCAGCACCAUCACCCCCACCCAACAAGUGGUGCUAAUCGCCCCGGAGCCACGCGAACGGACCACCCAGACCUUCGACUGGGAGGUGCUGGAGCGGCGCCUGCGGGCCAUCUUCCAGGAGCUGCGGCAGAUGCGGCCGCGCGCGCCGCUCUUCCACGGCCUCAUCCACGCCUUCGAGCAUGUGCGGUGCUAUCGCGAACUGUCCCGGGGCGAGACCGGCACUGACCAGGGGGUGUAUCUGUAUGAGUUCGACGGGGAGCCGUCGCUGGACUGCUUGCUGGAUAAUGAGAUGUUGUAUGGCUGGUUGCUGCGGGUGCCGAGGUGGGUUCCGUUCCGGCUGGAUGAUUUCCCCGGUGCGUCGAUGGAUGCGCUGGGGAUGGAGGCUGGGGUUGGGGGGGCGUCUUCGGCUGUGUAG